GCUGCCCACAACAGUACAGUACAUGCUCUCGUAGUGGCAGCAACCAGCACAAACCUCCCUGUAGCUCAUUAAAACUGGCCAUUUAUCAUCAAUCAUGGCCGCCGGAGUACAGGUUUAACUCUCCGUCUUCUCCUCCCUGUCGACUUUUUACAAGGAGAAGGGAGGAGGGAGGGAGGGGGGAUUUCUGUUUGCAGAGAUAUCGAAAUAUUAUUAUUAUAUUUGGAUUUCCUCCUGGAAUUACAAGAACAUCUCAGAAGGGAGACACCAUUCAUGUCAAAUCUCCAAAAUGCAGCCGCCGCCGAGGAAGGUCAAAGUGACGCAGGAGCUGAAAAACACUCACGCCGAGCAGAUGACAAGGCUGCACUUUAAACAUCAGACUGAAUGUGAUCUGCUGGAAGACAUGAGGAGCUACAGCUUGAAGAAAGGACAGCUGGAGCGGGACUAUGCACAGGCUCUGCAGAAGUUAGCAAGUCAGUACCUUAAGAGAGACUGGCCUGGAAUCAGCCCCGAUGACCAGAGAACGGAUUAUAGAAACGUGUACGCUGUGUGGAGGGCCUACUUAGAGGGAACGGUUCAGGUUAGCCAGUCGAGGCUCAACGUUUGUGACAACUACAAGAGUCAGAUAUCAGAACCGGCCAAAACCGUUAGACUCUACAAGGACCAGCAGCUCAAGAAGACCAUUGAUCAGCUGAGUGGCAUUCAAGCAGAACUGCAGGAGUCAGUGAAAGAUUUGGCGAAAGCCAAGAAAAAAUACUACGACUGCGAGCAGGUUGCACACGCAGUACGAGAGAAGGCCGACAUAGAGGCCAGAUCCAAACUUGGUCUUUUUCAAUCAAGAAUUAGUUUACAGAAGGCAAGCGUGAAGUUGAAAGCUAAGCGAAGUGACUGUAACUCCAAGGCGACGCAAGCCAGGAACGACUACCUGCUAACGCUAGCUGCUGCAAACGCCCAUCAUGACCGCUACUACCACACAGACUUACUGCACUGCAUACAGGCUUUAGAUGGGAGAAUCUACGAACAUGUGAAAGACUACCUGCUGGCUCUGUGUCGCACUGAGCUGGAGGCCUCACAGGCUACCCACAGCACCUUCCAGUUCCUUUUAGAAAAAUCCUCCAGGAUAAUCCAGGAGUUCAACCAGCAGUUGUUCAUGCAGGAGAACCCCGUGUUUCACAAGGCGCACGACUUCCAGUUUCAGGCCAGCGAAUACGACGCGACUCUGAGCUCGGUGCCGCAGCUGGUGGACAUUGAGCCGUCGCCCGUCAGUGCCAUGAGAAUGACCCUGGCACAGAGCCGCCAGCUGGAGUCCGAGUCGGGAACGACGGAGGAGCACAGUCUGAAUAAAGAGGCCAGAAAAUGGGCAACCAGAGUGGCCAGAGAGCACAAGAAUAUCAUUCACUGCAAGCGAUCUCUAGAGGACUGUGAGAGUCACGGCCUGCCUCCCACUGAACAGGGCAGACUAGACCUGGAGCUGAAGAUUGAAGACACCAAAGAGAUAAUGCGCAAAGCUGAGACAAUAAAGUUGAAAGCCGAGGCUCGGUUGGACCUUUUACGGCAAGUUGGAGUGGCUGUAGAUACCUGGCUGAAGAGCGCUAUGAAUCAGGUCAUGGAGGAGCUGGAAAAUGAACGCUGGGCCACCUACACAACCCACGAUCCCUCACUGUCGGGCACGGUGGACCUGGAGCGUGAAGAGGGAGAGGAGUGUGAAGAGAACAUGGAGGUCUUUGACGACAGCAGUUCCAGUCCCUCGGGAACGCUGCGCAACUACCCGCUAACCUGCAAAGUGCUCUACUCCUACAAGGCGUCUCAGCCGGAUGAGUUAACCAUUGAUGAACAGGAGAUGUUGGAGGUCAUCGAGGAUGGAGACAUGGAGGACUGGGUCAAGGCACGGAACAAAACGGGUCAAGUGGGCUACGUCCCGGAGAAAUACCUCCAAUUCCCGACUUCCAACAGCCUGCUUAGCAUGCUCCAGUCCCUGGCCACGCUGGACGCCCGAUCACACACCUCCUCUAAUUCCACCGAGCCGGAGCUGCACACUGUCUGCAUCAAUGGAGACACAAACACUGUCUACGUUCGUGCGCUUUAUGAUUAUGAAGGCCAGGCGGACGAAGAGCUCUCCUUUUCCGAGGGCGCUGUGAUCCGUCUGCUGAACCGCGACACUCAGACAGACGAUGGCUUCUGGGAAGGCGAACUGAACGGACGAGUGGGGGUUUUCCCUUCUGUGCUGGUGGAGGAUCUGACGGAGAAUGGGGAGAUGAGUGGAGGAGGACUAAAUGACACACAGAUUUCUCCAUCUUCAAAGCUGCCAUCUUCCCUGCCGCCUCUGCCUCUAUACGACCAGCCUCCCAUCAGCCCUUUCACCAGCCCAGAGACCUCCACGCCUCCUCCUCUGCCGCGUUCCCCCUCCACAGCACUUAACGGAGAGCACAAGCUUCCACUGCCUGCUGCCUCUUACAAAGGACAGCUGUCCUCUCACAAUCACAGCUCGGGCAGGAGUCCAGUGUCUCCAGGAUUUCCUUCGACUCAGCCGCUGCGUUUUACAGCUGAAGGUGGCGGGUCGGGCAAACUACGACCGGUGCGAGCCGCUCCGCCUCCACCCAAACAGCAUCCCCGCCGACCGCAUGAGAAGAGCGACAAGACGGAAGAGGUGGAAAUCACGCUGGUGUGACGGACGAGCUUGGCAGGUGGAUACAGUUGCAGAAAAGACAUUGUUGCAGAGCGCAUGAUACGCUCUGAACUGAUGCAAGCAUAAAUGAAGCAAAGACAAAGGAAUUCAAUCGAACCACGGUGACACUUCUCCCCCAGGGAACUGUUGGCAUGUCCGAUUAAAUAAUCACCAUUUUAGCCUCCUGCUAAAGUCCGGCAUUACGUUCUCCAAGCCCCUGUUCACCAAUCUGGCCUCAAUGAGCAGCAAACUGGAGCAGGAUGAAGAGGAGGAGAUGUUCUUCAUGGGGAUCACGGAUGGGUUCUUUAGACUUGUUAGGCUUACAACAUAUUUAAGGCAGUUUGUCCCUUCUGCACCUUUUAAACCCCCUCAUGAAGUUAAAUAAUGAAGCAUACGUAAAAUAUCAGAGCCCCAAACUGGCAGAAUCUUUAUAAAGGCAAAAGAAAAGCAAAGCAUCAAAGCUGAGAUUUUUAUCAGACCGUUAAUAUCUGAUUUUAGGCGCAUUUUUUAUUAUAUUUUCUUCAAACCUGCUAGGAUAUAAAGCGGUGAAUGUAACGUUUGGGAGUAUUUGAUCACUUUUAAUCUACUGUGGUUAACAUUCACCAAAAAAGUUCAGCUUUUUCUUUUGGAUCCAGCUAUCUUUGAACCAAAUCUGUAAAUAUAUAUAAAAGCAGAUGCAGUUGCUUUUUGAUGAGGUCACCUAACGAUUUAAGAACCUACAGGGCCAUUAAGAG